ACUGCCGAGUGUUUACGUUUUCGUUCCCAACCAAACAAACGGUUCCUCAGUUUUCCAAAAUCAUGUGUUAAAAGUACAAAGUUCUGCGAUAAAUCCGCAACAAUGUAAAUACUAAUAUUAAUUAAUCUAUUUACAAUAUUUAUUAUGAGUGAAUCGGACGAUACGGAUAUUCUCCUGCUGAUUCCCCCCGACCUGUUCGCCGUGGCAUCCUCAGGAUCAGAAGAGAGUUUGGCCAACGGUUGUUGCUCAACCGGGAGUCAAGUGGUUUCAGGUCUCCUCGAGCAAGUGCAAUCACUCGAGAGUCGUUUCAAGGGUCUAGAGUCGAAGGAAAUCCCCUUCAAGACCCCUCCCAUGCCGCACAAGGUUGAUUUAUUGACGCCCGACACUUUUAACUCGUCCAAGCUCUUCAAGAGUCCCCCCUCGGCCAUCAAAAAAUUUCACUCCAAACCGCACAACCACUCAUCUCCCCUCAGAUACGUUCCAACCACAACUUCCAGUAAUGAUCCCCGGGAGAAACGACAUCCUGACAUGUUUCCAAAGUACUACACUCGCUCCUCCACAACCUCCGAGCUCAGUAACCUCCACCUCACCGACCCCUUCUCCCCCACAAACUUUAAAUCAAAUAAUUCGUACGACACAAACUCUCUUCUCCCAGCGUUGGACCUAAAAACCGAGGCCAAAGACUUGAAUUUUCCCCGGCAAAACACCACGAGAACAGAUCCCCUGGGGACGAGUGAAUUCUCACAGCUACUGAACAACAGCUCUGGGAAUUCACUCCUCGACCGAAUGACUGACAGAAAAUCCCCGAAAAAGGAUCAAUUCGCGAAGACGAUCCGCGACAUAUCAAAAAUCCACGAAAACUACUCGAAACUGUCGACACCGAGUGAAGCAAACACUGUCAACUCCAGAAACUACAAUUUCCCGAUAAACUCCGAGUACAAUAGAUCACUUAGCGACGAUAAGAGGGCAGAAGUGGGAGUAAACACGGACUCGACGGAUUUUAAAACCCAGAGGUUACUGUCGUUGACCGACUUUUGGGAGCCAGACUCAUCCAAGAGUGAAGUUGAAAAAUUGAGGAUUAAAAUUGAGGAGGAAAAAUUCAGGAGGGAGCACUGCGAGAAGACAAUUCAGGAGCUGCAGAAGAGGCUGUUGGAGCAGCAGGAGAGGGUUGCAGUUGCCAUUGGAAUCGACAAGGAGAAGAACAGUAUUAUCCAUCAGUACCAAUCGAUAACCCAGAAAUUGAAAAAUCAGUUUCAAACUCUCCAGUCGAGCCAGAGGAAGUUGGAGGAGAGCUCAGCGCAAUCGAGGGCAAGCCACCAGGUGGAGGUGGAGAGUUUGAGGAACGAAAUAAAGCAAUUAGGGGAGGAAUUGUCGACGUGUCGAUCAUUGUCCCAAGAGUAUCGGGAUAAAGUUGAUGCGGGAGUGGAGGAGAAACUUCAGUUACUGGCGACCCACGCCAACGAAUUGGAGAGCUAUAAAUCGUUUGUUAAAACGUCGGAGGAGAGGUACGAGAGACUGAAGAGUGAUUAUGAUAAAUUAGUGGAGAAGAAUAAGGCGGCGGAGGAGGCGUCGUCGGUGGCACAGCAGGAUCUCUACCGGGAGAGGUUGAAGGCUGGGGAAAUUAGGAGUGAAAUGGCUUUGAUUCACAAGGCCCUGGACACUUGCGAGGCAGAACUCACGGUUCUGCGUCAGGAGAAGGAGAAUCUGCAGCUGAAGCUCAAAGAGGAGGAGAAGAGACGUGCAAUUCUAGAGGGAAAGAGGAAUAAUAUUCUGGAGGAGUUGAAUGCUGCGAGGAAGUCCGAGGAAAUGAGGAGGGAGGAGGCCCAGAGACUCGUCGAGCAGCAGGAGCAGAUGCGGGGAGAGCUCAGGGAAAUUUAUCAGAAUCAGGUGGACGACGUCGUCAAGGUGAAGGUGAAGGAGUUUCAGGCGCACUUGGAUUCCGCUGAAGCCUCAUUCAAGGCUGAACUCGAGGUGAAGCAGAGGGCAAUUGCGGAGUGCGCAGCUGGAAAAAUAAAAACCAUCAUCGAUAAGCAUCGACUUGAGAUUAAUCUGCUGGAGGAGAAGCACAAAGAGGAGAAGAGGCUUUAUGAACUGAGGCUCUCUCAGAAUGUCAAGAAGUCAAACUUCUUGGAGGCCAAGUUGAAUGCCCAGCAGGCAGCCAAGUCCAGAAUUGCCGAGCAGUUGCAUUCACUGAUGGAGAAGCAGUGGAAGCAGGCAGUGCAGAUUAUUUCCUCCGGCAAUGACGCUAGUUUUGGUAAUUCUGAUACUUCGAGGGAAAUUAGGAGUUUAAUGAAGGCCAACGAUUUUGAUGAUGCCGGGGGCAUGGAGCCAGUCAAGCUCGGAGUUUCAGCGAAUAAAAACUUUUUUUAUUCACAUCAGGAGCACGACGAGAGUCUCAUUGCCUUCACGAAUAAUGAUGAGUCGAGGGAGAAAAUCAGAGACUCCAAGGAUGAUUUGAAAAAGUACAUUAAAAUGAUCCUCCAAAUGCAAGAGUCGAAGAGUUUCUCAGGGACAAACGGCGAGAAUGAGUCAUCGGUUUCAUCGUCUGAAUGCAGACAAGUACCACGAAAAUACUAUACGAAAGCGGAUGCUGCCUCCACCAGUGAGAAAACAGUAACUUGGCAGCAGGCAGAGCCUUCGACGGUUUAUAAUGCAGUAUCAAUGACACAAGUCGAUAAUAAACCAUCGAAACCACCAUGGAAGUGAUUUGUUUCUCCUCAAAAUACU